AUAAACAAAGUGAAAGGAGCAGAUGAUUAUCAAUAGGUACAGAGUCCGUUAACGUACUGGAGUAAAAUGGGAAACAAAGUUGGCGUCUUCACUGAUGAACAGAUAGAGGCAUUUCAGGACUGUACUUUUUUCACAAAGAAAGAAAUAUUAAGGAUUUUCAACCGGUUCAGGGACCUUGCUCCAAACACUGUUCCCAAAGUGAUGACUAGAGUUGAUACUAACAGAAUUCGGUUACCAUAUCAACAAAUCCAGGCCAUUACGGAAUUACGGGAGAAUCCGUUCUGUCAGCGGAUUUGUCAAGUGUUCUCUGAGGACGGAAGUGGAGAUCUCUCGUUUGAAGAUUUCCUAGAUUUAUUCUCCGUGUUGAGUGAAGUUGCACCCAUGGAACUAAAAGCGGUCUACGCUUUUAAGAUAUAUGAUUUUGACGGCGAUAAUUAUCUUGGGAAAGAAGACUUACAAUCCACCCUAAAAUGUCUGACCAGGAACGAGUUGUCCGAGGAGGAAAUACAAUUUGUUGUCGAAAAGGUGCUGGAGGAGACUGAUCUGGAUGAUGAUGGAAAGCUAUCCUACAUUGAAUUUGAACAUGUCAUCUCUAGAUCACCUGACUUUAUGACAACGUUUCACAUUCGGAUAUGAGGACUUUGAGUGUUGCCACCAAUGCUCAGACGAAACAAGAAGAGCAGAGAACCAAUCAUGAGGGGGACCAAUAUGCAUUGUUAAUAGGUUUUUGAUAUUUGAUAUAGCAAUUUCCGCUCCACAGAAUGUCUGAGCGCUGAAGAUAUCAUCAUUAUGUAAAUAUUCUAGACAUUCAUGGUGCCAAAACAAGAAACUAUGUUAUUAUGUAGUCUAGCUCUCUUAAUUUUGCCAAUGUAAUUUUAAUUAUUUCUUUGUAAGAUACCAUCAUUAUGCAGUUCAAAUGUGUAUAAAAUACCAUUGUUAAGAUGGAGUAUUUUG